AUGUCCGGACCAUCUACCUCUCAGACUGAUCAAGUAAGUUCUUUUUCUGAUGUUUAUUGAAUUUUUAGGCAAACUAGAACCAAACCUUAUCAGAGUUUUGUGGAAAAAUCUUUGACUUGUUUUCAAAAGUUAGUAAUUAAUCGUUUAAGUUCUAAACUUAAUGUUAAAUAGUAUUUCAAUUGUAGUAUUUUAUUAAUAAAACAAAUUUAGGCGCAAACCUUACAAAUAUUGGCCGAUGAAGUCGGCAGUUGUGAUAGAUGCUAUCAAAGAUAUUACAAUAUUCUCCAAACCAAAUCAACCUCAACCGACAAUAAGAAGAAAAAGAAUAAGACCAAAACUAACCAACCUAACACCUUUACUAACCACCCCUUAUUUCGAAACUUCGAUUUUACUGGUGGGGGAUUGAUUGAGCCAGGACCGUUAGGGAAAAACAUUUUUGAUCUCUCAACUGCCAUUUCCAAGGCCGCUACAUUAAGUCCGAAGCGGAAAGAAAAACAAUUGGAGCAAAGCUGCAAGAACAUUCAGUUAUGUGAGAGCAACUUGGAGAACUUGAAGAAAAAACUGGUUGAUGUCAUGAAUAAGAAGGUAAAUUUAGUGUUCCACUUCUUAGUAACUUUGUUUAACGUUUAGGUAGAACUGAGGAUCGAUGGUAUUAUGAAUGGGACGUCUGCUGAGGGAAAGAAGGUUGAGUCGUCCAUAAAAGAGAAAUACAGGAUACGAAAAGAAGUACGUUGUAAAACUUAUUUUAUGUUAUACGAAUGAAGAAUAAGAUUUUAAACAAUUUUACAGCUAGUUGUAUUUAUUACUAUACAAAAAAUCACAACACAAGUAGUUGAAUACUUUGUCUUAUAUUCAAUCUAACAAUGAUUGUUUCAGCAACUGAAUGAGAAGUGUCGGCUUCAGAUGGAUGCUUUAAGAAAGCAGUUGGAAGCCGAUAUUGAUUUUGAAGAGAAAAACGCAAAAAUAACGAUUGAAAAAGCAAAACAAAAACGCCUUAAACAGAUUGACGAUGAAUUAACAAAAAUUGGUUGUUCCGGUGACGGUAAGUAUAUUUUAUCCACUAAAAAUACAAUAUCACAUUUAAUCAAAAUUUAAAAAUAAUUUAUUAAUUUCUAUUUUAACGUUCCGUCACUAACAAUAAGCCGUCUCCUUCUUUAUUUAUUUGUUUUCAGAUUUCUUAGUGAAUGGGCCAAAGUUGGAAGUACUGGAGUCCGAAAUCGUGGAAGUAGAUUCUGCCGCUUUUAAAGGGCAAGUAGUACUACCAUUAAAUAAAAAAGUUGACAAACGAAUGCGAGAAUUGGAGAGAAAAGAGCUCCAAAACUUUUGUUUGUAUGCCAGAGCGCCAGCACGUGUGGGUAAAGUGCUGAAGAAGAAGAACGCUGCACUGAGGUUGAGUAAUGUACAGUUAAACGGCAGUUUUUGGGCGCCACUUACUGAAGUAGAGUAA